AUGGCUGCUUCGACUCAGUUACCGCUCCACCCCCCGAGGUUGGCACAUACGUUUGUGGGGACACCCAGUGCCCCUGGUACGCCAGUGCACUCCAUUCAAACUAUGAGAAGGAAAUCUGCUGGUCACAGUGGUCCUCUCACCAAGAUUCUUGUUGCUAAUCGUGGUGAAAUCGCUAUCCGAGUCUUCCGUACCGCUCAUGAGCUCGCUAUGCAUACCGUCGCGAUCUACUCAUUUGAGGAUCGUCUCUCAGCUCAUCGCCAAAAGGCCGACGAAGCAUAUCAAGUCGGCAGAGGGUUGACCCCUGUUGGAGCAUAUCUUGCUCAAGAAGAUAUCAUACGCAUCGCUCUUGAACAUGGGGUUGACAUGAUUCACCCUGGGUACGGUUUCUUAUCUGAGAAUGCUGCAUUCGCUCGCAAAGUCGAGCAGGCCGGGAUCGCAUUUGUCGGACCAUCGCCCGAGGUUAUCGAUGGUCUUGGCGAUAAGACGAAGGCACGUACACUUGCUAUGAAGGUCGGUGUUCCAGUCGUCCCCGGUACACCUGGUCCAGUUGAAUCAUACACGGAUGGCGAUGCAUUCAUCAAAGAAUACGGUUUCCCAGUUAUUAUUAAGGCGGCUAUGGGUGGUGGCGGCCGCGGUAUGCGUGUUGUUCGCGAACAAUCGGACUUCAAAGAUGCGUUCCAGCGUGCCGUAUCCGAAGCUAAAUCAGCAUUCGGAGAUGGUACUGUCUUUAUCGAGCGCUUCCUUGAACGCCCACGUCACAUCGAAGUCCAAAUUCUUGCCGAUGGCAUUGGCAACACGAUUCACCUGUUUGAACGUGACUGCUCCGUCCAGAGACGCCACCAAAAGGUUGUCGAGGUUGCACCGGCAACCCACCUCCCCGAGGAAGUGCGUCAGGCCAUUUUGUCGGACGCGAUCAAGCUCGCGAAGAGCGUCGGAUACAGGAAUGCUGGGACCGCGGAGUUUCUUGUAGAUCAGAUGGGAAGACACUACUUCAUUGAAAUCAAUCCUCGUAUUCAAGUCGAACACACCAUUACUGAGGAGAUUACUGGUAUCGACAUCGUUGCAGCCCAGAUCCAAAUUGCUGCUGGUGCUACCUUACCUCAGCUUGGUCUGACUCAGGAGGCCAUUACUCGUCGUGGCUUUGCGAUCCAGUGCCGUGUCACUACGGAGGAUGCGGCUAUUGGUUUCCAGCCCGAUACUGGCAAGAUCGAGGUGUACCGCAGUGCUGGUGGAAAUGGUGUUCGUCUUGACGCGUCAUCUGGCUUUGCGGGUGCACAGAUCACGCCCCAUUACGACAGUCUGUUGGUGAAGUGCACUGUUAGUGGCACGACCUACGAGGUUGCUCGCAGAAAGAUGUUGCGUGCCUUGGUCGAGUUCCGUAUUCGCGGUGUCAAGACAAAUAUUCCCUUCUUGUUCCGUCUCCUCACACAUGACGUCUUCAUUGGUGGCAAGACAUGGACUACUUUCAUCGAUGACACCCCUGAGCUCUUCAAGCUGGUACAGAGCCAGAACCGUGCACAGAAACUUCUUGCAUACCUUGGUGACCUUGCAGUCAAUGGAAGCUCCAUUAAAGGCCAGACCGGCGAGCCAGGCCUUAAGGAUGAUGUUGUCAUUCCCAAAUUUGAGAACCGUGACGGCACACCCCUUGACACUACGUUUCCUUGUGAGGUUGGAUGGCGCAACAUCAUCGUCGAGAAGGGUCCCGAGGCUUUCGCGAAGGCCGUCCGCGAAUACCCUGGAACGCUCAUCAUGGACACCACUUGGCGUGAUGCGCACCAAUCGUUGCUCGCUACUCGCCUUAGGACAAUUGACAUGGUCAACAUCGCCACUGAGACUAGCUAUGCUCUCGCGAACGCAUUCAGUUUGGAGAUGUGGGGUGGCGCCACCUUCGACGUCGCCAUGCGCUUCCUGUAUGAAGAUCCUUGGGAACGUCUGCGCACCCUGCGUAAGCUGGUCCCCAACAUUCCCUUCCAGGCUCUCGUUCGUGGAGCCAACGGUGUCGGAUACACAAGCUACCCUGACAAUGCGAUCUAUGACUUCUCGAAAAAGGCGGUCGAGAAUGGACUUGAUAUUUUCCGAGUGUUCGACUCGCUGAACUACUUUGAGAACAUGAGACUCGGUAUCGAUGCCGCCAAGAAAGCGGGAGGUGUUGUCGAGGCUGUUGUCUGCUACAGCGGUGACGUCGCAAGCCCGAAGGAGACCAAAUACACACUGCAAUACUACCUUGACUUCAUUGACAAACUAGUGGAAGAGGGAAUUCACAUCCUUGGUGUCAAGGACAUGGCUGGUUUGUUGAAGCCUGAAGCUGCGAAAUUGCUUAUCGGCGCGAUUAGAGAGAAGUACCCUGACAUUCCAAUCCACGUUCACUCCCAUGACACGGCUGGAAUCGCAGCAGCUAGCAUGCUCGCCGCUGCCGCGGCUGGUGCUGAUGUCGUUGAUGUUGCCAUUGAUAGUAUGUCUGGUCUGACAUCACAGCCCUCAAUGGGAGCCAUAUGCAUGGCACUUGAGCAAACGCGAUUAGGGACGGGCAUCCGCUACGCCGACAUCCAAGCGCUAAACUUGUACUGGAGCCAGGUUCGCAUGCUCUACGGUUGCUUCGAAGCCAAUGUCCGGGCCUCGGAUUCAAGUGUCUUCGACCACGAAAUGCCAGGAGGCCAAUAUACGAAUCUCAUGUUCCAAGCAUCACAAUUGGGCCUCGGCACGCAGUGGACCCAAAUCAAGCAGAAAUACAUCGAGGCCAACGAACUGUGUGGCAACAUUGUCACACCCUCAUCUAAAGUAGUUGGCGAUUUCGCGCAAUGGAUGACGUCGAACUCGUUCUCCAAAGAGGACGUCAUUCGACGUGCAGACCAGCUUGACUUCCCCUCUUCUGUUGUCGAGUUCUUCCAGGGUUAUCUUGGACAACCUGUGGGAGGUUUCCCGGAACCACUUCGUUCGAAUAUCAUCAGAAACAAGCCGAGAAUCGACGGACGUCCUGGUGCAACGAUGGCACCCUUAGACUUCAAGAAGAUCAAGGCAGAGCUCCGCAGCAAAUUUGGAAAGCACAUUACGGAUGCAGACGUUACCUCGUAUGUCAUGUAUCCUAAAGUCUUCGAAGAAUACCAGGGUUUCCUUGAGAAAUACGGAGAUCUCAGCGUUCUUCCCACGCGGUACUUCUUGGGGCGACCGGCUAUUGGAGAGGAGAUGCACAUCUCAAUCGAAAAAGGAAAGACUCUGAUUAUCCGCCUGAUGGCCGUUGGGCCUGUUGUGGAAGGACGUGCCCAGCGUGACGUCUGGUUCGAAGUUAACGGCGAGGUUCGGGCGGUGUCUGUUGAGGAUAAGAAUUCCGCAGUAGAAACAGUUUCGCGGGAGAAGGCGACUUCCGACCCUGGAUCAGUGGGUGCACCCAUGUCAGGUGUCGUAGUUGAGGUCAGAGUGAAGGAGGGCCAAGAGAUUAAGAAGGGCGACCCUCUCUGCGUACUGAGUGCGAUGAAGAUGGAGUCUGCUGUUACUGCACCUGUUUCUGGUCAUAUUAAACGUGUGGUUGUCAAUGAAGGCAAGCCUCGUGACUCCAUCAAUCAGGGCGACUUGACAGUGGAAAUCGUCCACUGA